CGGGUUCCUUAAACGGUACUGAAUGCAGGCCGCCACGCCCACGUCGGACACUGCAAGGGCUUGUAUUCUAACUUAUGGUGCCAUUCUAUGUAGGCGGACCACUCGGCCGAAUGCCGCGGGUUCUUACGAUCAACCUCCAAAUGACGCGGCACCGCAGUUGGACCACGCAACUGUUAGGCCACUUGUGACUGGCCCCAAAGGUUUGUGGCCAAGCAUCGAGUCAGACAGUUGUCAGGCCAGACCAUUUUAACCGGCUAACAGCUGCCAUGUGGUUUGCAUGCCAUCGACUUGAGGCUCUUUUCACUUCCCCCAUACCUCUACGAGGUCCCUCAAUCACUUGAAGAACGGGAUGGCCAUGGAGAUGUCCAACCUCAAUGCCGCAGCCGCGGGUUCGCGCGAUGAAGUCACCGAAGACCAGAUCAGUUGCACGCUGGAAGUACGGCCCGACGCUGUCGAGGCUGGAUCUAACAGCCAUUCAACACAGUGCACAUUUCGCGAAGUGGAUGGACACAAAAUCGUUCAGUGGGCGCCCGAUGAUCCCGAGUGCCCGUUCAAUUGGUCCCUUUCGAAGAAGUGCUGGGUUGUCGGCAUCAAUUGUCUGCAGAUCAUUUGGACGGCAAUGCUCUCCGCGAUCUACGCGUCGGCCGUUAGCGGUGUCGCCCGCGACUUGCAUGUGUCGACGAUCGUCGCAAGGAUACCCCAGGCAACCUUUUUACUCGGUUUCUCCGUCGGCCCCGUCAUCUUCACGCCACUGGCAGAAGACUAUGGCCGAAAACCGGUGUACACGGUCUGCAUCGUCGUGCUAUACGUGCUGCAGAUCCCGCAAGCCCUCACGCACUCGAUUGCAGAGCUGAUCGUGCUCAGGUUCAUCUCCGGCUGCUUUGCCUCGCCUCUGCUCAACGGUGUCGCCACCAUCCCGGAUUUGUUCACCGAAGACGAUCCUCGACAGGGGUAUGCCGUAAAUGUGUGGGCACACUGCGCAGAGAUCAUCUACCUCGCCACGUUGAUCGGAGGGUACAUCAACGCAGCACUGGGCUGGCGAUGGAUAUUCUGGAUCAGCGCGAUCGUCGGAGGCUCCCUCGCCGUCCCGUACAUCCUCUUCGUGCCCGAGACGCGGAGUGGUGCCCUCCUCGCUGCGCGAGCCCGCCGCCUGCGCAAGGAAACGGGCGAUCAGAGCAUUCGAGCGCUCUCGGAACUGCAACGGCGCACGUGGCGGGACAUCUUGGUCGAAUCGCUCAUCCGGCCCGUCAAGAUGCUGUUCACCGAGCCUGCUGUUCUUCUGUUUGGCUUCUGGGAUGGCCUUUCUUAUGGCCUGGUGUUCGUCCUGUUCCAGGCUUUCCCACCUAUUUACGCACUUCACGGAUUCGACGAGACGAAGAGCGGUUUGUUAUUCAUCGCACCGUAUAUUGGCGUUUGGAUUGCCAUGUUCUGCUAUCCGCUUCAGCUUCGCGCUGAAGAACGCGCCAUGAUCAAGCGUGGUGAAAAGGACCCAGAGGCGAGUCUGAAAUGGGGUCUGGUCGCAGCGGUGAUGUUCCCUGUUGCCAUGUGGUGGUUUGCGUGGACCAUUCAGCCCUCUAUACCUUGGGUUGUGUCUAUCAUCGCCAAUAUGAUUCUGGGGUUCACAGGCCACAUUAUCUUUAUCGUCGCUUCUGUCUACGUGAUUGAAGGGUAUGGCGUAUACGCAUCAUCAGCCGUAAGCGGGCAGAGUUUCUUGCGGGAGGCGAUGUCAGCAUCACUCUCGGUUGUUGGUGCAACAUUUUACGAGAAGGUUGGGCACUCACAGGCGUCUUCCAUUCUGGCGGUGAUCGCCACCCUGAUGAUGCCUAUGCCUUUCGUGUUCUACAAGUAUGGAAAGCAGAUACGCCUCAAGUCCAGCUUCUUGCAGGAGUUACUUCGGAACAAGAAGGAUGAAUGAAUGGAUUACGCUAUCGUGAAGUAGAACACCAAAUCAUUAUAACACCAUAAAGACACGCCCCAUAGAGAUUAUUGAUCGAAG